CAGCGAAUGACACGUCAUCAGUAGACCGUGAAGCGCAACGACCAGUGUGGAUUACCGAUCUCGAUCUGGUCUGAUGGAUGGAGGACGAGGAAGAAGAAGUGUGAGGAGGUGGAGGGCAAAUUGGGCCGUUGGGACAUGGUCCUCGGUCGCCAUCGCGACCGGGAUAGACUGAUUGAUGACGUGGCAGAUCCGUCGGUUUUCCAAUGGCACUAAGUAGGAACUGCUCUUCUUUUCUUCCUCCUCUUCUUCCGUCUCCUCCUCCUCCUCCUCUUCCUCCUCCACCUCCAACAUCUGCUGUUAUCGUUCCUGAUGCCGAGGAGGAUAACUAGUUCAGGAUCAGACCAGCCGGCGAUGGCGUCCCCGACUAUGGGCACGGGCGCUCCGCAGAUCGGCAUCGCGACCCGUUCAUCCAUUGACUACCGUCCGAUCAUGCCAUCGGAUCUCGAGGAUUUACAGCGAAUGCACGAAGAGCUGUUCCCAAUCAGGUAUGAGUCAGAUUUUUUCUUAAACGUUGUUCAUUCUAGAGGGAUCAUAUCCUGGGCGGCUGUCGAUCUCAAUGCUUCAGGAUUACAGGGAGGAAAGAUUGUUGGAUUCGUCACUGCUCGAGUUGUGUCAGCAAAAGAGAGCGAGGCCGCUGAUCUUCUUGGAUAUGAAUUGUCUCCAUCAGAGAAGAGUCUUGUGUAUGUGCUCACCUUGGGAGUUGCAAAGCCAUACCGUAACCUGGGCCUAGGUCGGAGGCAUUUGUAUUUGGCUCCGUACCAGCACACCUAGGCCUUCCUGGCCUUUAUCCUGACCAUACCAUUUAGCCGCUCAUGUGUCUUUACUCC